AUGAAGUUGCUGCGUUCUCUGUUGGAAGAAUUGGAGGAUCUGUUGUUGGCCUUACAGUCAACCAGAAACGUAACUGGGAAUAAGCGCAUGCCAAACAGAAGGAAAAAAAAAAAGCAGCUCGUUCUCAAGAUUCAAAUGUUCAUUGAAAAGGUUUUGUCAAGGCUUAUAGCUGACCCUUCGCUGGUUAUGCAUACGGCUAUAAAUCUACCAUUCUUAAAUUUACUCUCAUCGAAUGCUGAAAAUACACCUGAAGGGCCUCCAUGGGACAUCAAAAGUGUUCUUCAAACAGGAAAAGAUAAAACCAAAAAAACUCUUAGUAUGACUACGUCAAUCACCAUUCCUUCAGCAUGCGAUUUUCAUCUUCACUUACGUCAAGAUGAGAUGAUGCGUAUGGUUACACCCAAGGUUCAAGAAGGGGGUGUUUCUCUCGCGUAUAUCAUGCCCAAUUUGCAACCGCCUAUCAAAACAACGGCUGAAGCACUUGCAUAUAAAGCAGAAUUGGAAGCCCUUGCGCCCAAUGUCACCUUUUACAUGACUCUCUAUUUAUCACCUGAACUUACUCCUGAAGAAGUUCGCAAGGCCGCCAAAGCUGGUAUUGCCGGCGUAAAAUCCUAUCCAAGAGGCGUUACAACAAACAGCGAAAGCGGCAUUGAGAAUUAUGAAGUCUACUACCCUGUUUUUAAAGCUAUGGAAGAAGAGGGGCUUGUAUUAAAUUUGCAUGGCGAAAUUCCUAGCGAUGCUGAAAAGGAUAUUUGUGUUAUGAAUGCCGAAGAAAGAUUCCUGCCCCAGUUGGAAAAGAUCCACAGAGCUUUUCCAAAAUUAAAAAUUGUCUUAGAACACGCCACUACAAAGGCAGCCGUAGAUAUGGUUAAGAGUUUGGGCGAUACUGUGGGUUGUAGCAUCACAGUGCAUCAUCUACAAUUGAUCGUGGAUGACUGGGCAGGUCAAGCCCACCAUUUCUGUAAGCCCGUGGCUAAAUACCCUCAUGAUCGUGAUGCUUUACGAGAUAUUGUGAAAUCAGGUCAUCCUCGUUUUUUCCUAGGUACAGAUUCUGCUCCUCAUCCUAUCGCUGCUAAAGAAGGCCCCAAAUCUAAUGCAGGCGUUUUUACCACACCACUUGUUCUUCCUUACUUGGCAAAGAUCUUUGAGGAGAUCGGAUGCUUAGAUAAGUUAGAAAACUUUGCUUGCCACUAUGGUAGACAGUUUUAUGGACUCUCUCAUAAACAAGGAUUUGAGGAUAAGAAGGUCACUUUAGUCAAAGAAUCGAACACUGUUGUACCUGCCAAAUUUGAAAUCUCAAGUACCGAAGAUUUAGGCGUUGUAGUGCCUUUUUAUGCAAAUAAGGACAUAGGAUGGAAGAUUACUUCUAACUUUUAUUAG